AUGGCGCUUCGUGUUGAUUAUGAAGGAAGUAAUGAUGUAGGAGUGUUCUGCACUUUGACGAAUAGCUAUUGUCUCGUUGGAAUCGGAGGAACUCAGAAUUUCUACAGCACUGUUGAAGCCGAGCUAGCUGAUGUAAUUCCUGUUGUUCAUACAUCGAUCUCUUCUACACGUAUUGUUGGUCGAGUUACUGUGGGAAAUCGUCAUGGUUUAUUGGUGCCAAAUGGCACUACUGACCAAGAGUUACAGCAUCUGAGGAAUUCCCUGCCAGACGAGGUAAAAGUUCGACGGGUUGAUGAACGUCUCUCCGCUCUGGGCAAUGUGAUUGCGUGUAAUGACCACGUAGCAAUAGUUCACGCGGAAAUUAGUCAAGAAACGGAAGAAGCACUUGUUGAUGCUCUUAAGGUUGAAGUAUUCCGUGUCAGCCUUGGACAAAAUGCUCUUGUAGGAUCAUAUUCCGCUCUUUCUUCGCAAGGCUGUUUAGUAGCAGCUCGCACCCCUCCAGAAACCCAACGAGAGCUAGCUGCCUUGUUGCAAGUUCCAGUCGUUGCUGGUACGGUAAACCGAGGCUCCGAGCUCAUUGGUGCUGGAAUGUGUGUCAACGACUGGGUCGCUUUUUGCGGUGAGGAGACACGGACGAGUAGCCAUUCAGGAAGUAGCGGCAUUUGUCGAUCGUUUUUCACACUAAUUUUCGCUGUUCCAGGCCUGGACACCACUUCCACUGAAUUAUCCGUUGUUGAGUCCAUUUUCAAGCUCGGCGAUCAUGGCCAGCCAGCUGCAAUCAGUACACAACUCAGAGAUACUCUUAUUGAAAGC